CAGUCUCGCUCUCUCUCUCUCUCUGAGUCUCCGCUUCUCUGUAGUGUGGUAGCUAAGCGCUCUGGAGGACACACCACCUUAGAGAAUGAUACAGCUGCUCUACACCGUGAUCGUGGCCGAAAUGGUUCUGAUCCUGACCCUCCUCUUCAAGAGCCCUCUGCGGAAGCUGGUGAUCAUAACGUUGGAUCGGGUAAAGCGCGGGCGGGGACCAGUCAUGCUCUCGACUGUAGCCGGGACCCUCUUCGUGGUGCUUAUGUCCAGCGUCUACAGCAUGAACAAGAUCCAGAGCCGAACGAUGGAGGGCGGUGUGGCCAAUCCCACGGAUCAGGUCCUCAUGGCCAAGCACAUGCUCGAAGCCUCUCUUAUGGGAUUUUUGCUCUUCCUCUCACUGAUGAUAGAUAGAUUACAUCAUUAUAUAAGAGAGCUUCGUUUACUCAGGAAGACAAUGGAGGCUGCAAAAAAACAAAAUCGAAGCUUUGAGGAUAGCAAAAAUGGCGGUUCAGAGGAGGUGAAAGCCUUGGGGGAAGAAAUUGCUACAUUGAGGGCAAAGGUGAAGAAGCUGGAAUCUGAAUGUAAGACAAAAACAGAGGAGGCAAAGGCCGCUGAAACUGAAUCAGCGGCUCUAAGAAAGCAAUCUGAAGGAUUCCUGCUGGAAUAUGACCGUUUGCUGGAGGACAAUCAAAGCCUUCGCAACCAGUUGGAGUCAAUUGACUCAGGCUUGUCACAGCCUGAUAACAAAAAGAGCACUUGAGCCAACGGAUACUAAAAAUGACAAUUUUCUCAAUAUGUAUGAGUACUUUAAAAUUGCAUUUAGGGGAGGAAAGAAAAUGUUUGGGUGCAGUGCCAAUUAGGUGUACUAUGUUUAUGUACAAAGUAAAAUGAUGCCAUGACUAAAUUUUCACUUCAACUGGAAAUGCUACUCUUAUUAAAACAGGGUAAUUACUCUUC